AUGGCAUAUUUCAAACGAUAUAAUUAUAAAAAAUCUCAUUGUACAACAUUAUUUCUUGACAAAUUUGCUUUUCGAGAUCAAUAUGGAUUUAUAAAAGAUGCAAAACUAGAAAAAAUCAAUGAUUUUACAGGAAUUAAUGCUGUUUCAUCAUCAGAUAAUGAAAAAACUGAUAAUGAAUUAGAUAAAAUGAAUACAGAAUUAGGCGAAAUGUUACGUGGACUUGAAUUAAGAAAACGUGCUUAUUAUGUUAAUAUGCCAAAUUAUAUAUAUAUUAUUGGAGGUUAUCUAUUUGAUCCAUUACUUAAAGAACGUCGAGCACCAUCGAAUGAUUGGAAAUGGGAUAUUGAAGAAAAGAAAUUAGAAAAAAUUCCUCCUGUACCAGGUUAUGGACGAAUUAAUUUUGGUAUUGCAGCUAAUAAUGGAAAAAUGGUAGUUAUUGGAGGAAAUACAAUAUUAAACAAGCCAACGGAUACUUGUUAUGUUUAUGAACAAAAUGAUGAACAAUGGCAAAUAUUACCAUCGCUUCCAAAUCCACUAUGUGGUUCUGCUGUAACACUUGAUGAUAAAGAUUCAUUAUAUGUAUUUGGCGGAUAUGAUUUACUUUCUGGUUAUGUACAAUUUCAUAAUGAUUUAUUACAACUUGAAAAUUUAACAUCAAAAAAAUGGACACAAUUAAAGAAUACAUUUAGCAUGAAAAAUAAAUCUCAAAAUGUUAUACCACGAGCACGUGCAUUACUUAUUGCAUGUGGUGAUGAUAUUAUAUCACCUGAUGGUGGUCUUUUUGCAUGUGGUGGUUAUCAUAAAUCAUUGACUGGUGAAUUAGUACCUGUAUCAGAAAUAUUAUGUUAUAAUAAAUCAACAAAAGAUUGGAUAUAUUUAUCUGAUAUACCUAAUCUUAAGAAAAUCAGUCUUUUUUCUAUUGAAAAUAAUAUAUUAAUUAUAUCAGAAAAAAUUCGAUCAGAUAAUAAUAAUGAUGAUGAUGAACUUAUUCCAAUAUCGAAAUAUGAUUUAAUGAAUAGAAAAUGGUUAAUGAUAGAUCAAACAGAAAUUUCCAAUACUCAAAUUGAACAAACAGAAACAGAUCAAUGA